GAUGGAGUUUCAGCAUGGGCUCUGCCUACCAGUUCCACAGUUGGCGAGUAUUUGUGAUUGUCUGCGCACUGCCCUGCGUCUCUUCCGUGGUAGCCCUCACCUUUAUGCCAGAAAGCCCGCGGUUCUUGCUGGAGGUUGGAAAACAUGAUGAAGCUUGGAUGAUACUCAAGCAAAUUCAUGACACAAACAUGCGAGCUCGUGGUCAGCCUGAGAAAGUCUUCACAGUUCAAAGAAUCAAAACUCCAAAGCAGAUAGAUGAGCUCAUUGAAAUAGAGAGCGAUACAGGAACUUGGUACAGGAGAUGUUUUAUUAGAAUUCGCACAGAGCUAUAUGGUAUUUGGCUGACAUUUAUGAGAUGCUUCAACUACCCAGUGAAGGAUAAUACAAUCAAACUUACAGCUGUAUGGUUCACCCUGUCUUUUGGCUAUUAUGGCUUAUCGGUCUGGUUUCCUGAUGUCAUUAAACAUCUGCAGUCAGACGAGUACGCAUCCCGAGUGAAACAUUUCCGCAAUGAGGAGGUUUCACAUUUCAUCUUUAACUUCACAUUGGAAAAUCAGAUUCACAGCAAUGGAGAAUACAUCAAUGACAGGUUUAUUAUGAUGAAGUUUAAAUCAGUAACCUUUGAAGAUUCCCUUUUUAAGAACUGUGUAUUUGAAGACAUUACUUCACUGAACACAUACUUCAGGAACUGUACAUUUGUGAAUACCACCUUCUACAACACAGAUCUUGAGCAAUAUAAAUUUGUUGACAGUGAAUUGAUAAAUUGCACAUUUUUCCACAUCAGGACAGGAUGCCAGAUUUCUUUCGAUGAUGACUACAGUGCCUACUGGAUCUACUUUGUUAAUUUCCUGGGAACAUUGGCUGUGUUACCUGGGAAUAUUGUAUCCGCUCUCCUGAUGGAUAGAAUUGGACGAUUAACGAUGCUAG